UAUUUUUAUUUAUGGGGAGUGUGUGAAACGCCGUCGAAGCAAAAUGAUCUCACGUUACAGACCGAGUCCUGGUUCCACCAUGUCCUUGGCGUUCUGUGGGAGCGAGAAUAACUCAGUGGCGUACAACGUAGACCGCGGGGUUCUGAACAACGGCUGUUUCCUGGAUGCCCUGAACGUGGUGCCCCACGUCUUCCUCCUCUUCAUCACCUUCCCUAUCCUCUUCAUUGGCUGGGGCAGCCAGAGUUCGAAGGUCCACAUCCACCACAGCACCUGGCUUCACUUUCCUGGUCACAACCUGCGCUGGCUGCUCACCUUUGUCCUGCUCUUCAUCCUCGUCUGUGAGAUUGCAGAGGGCAUCGUCUCCGAUGGGUUCAGCCAGUCCCUCCACCUGCACCUGUACAUGCCUGCAGGCCUCGCCUUCAUGGCUGGCAUCACCUCCAUCAUCUACUAUCAUAACAUCGAGACCUCUAACUUCCCCAAACUGCUAUUAGCCCUCCUCAUCUACUGGGUGCUCGCCUUCAUAAUGAAGACCAUCAAGUUUGCCAAGUACACGGAGCAUGGUAUCGGCCCCAGGCAGCUACGAUACUGCAUCACGGGACUGCUGGUCCUGCUGUAUGGAUUACUACUAGCUGUGGAGAUCAAUGUCAUCCUGGGCCGGCGCUACAUGUGUUUUGCCAACCCGACGGAGGUGAAGCCUCCCGAGGAUCUGCAGGACCUGGGGGUUCGUUUCCUGCAGCCAUUUGUCAACCUGCUUUCCAAGGCCACCUACUGGUGGAUGAACACCUUCAUUACCUCUGCUCACAGACGACCUAUCGACCUCAAGGUUAUUGGCAAGCUGCCCAUCGCAAUGAGAGCCCUGACCAACUACCUGAAACUGCGCAAGGCCUUCGAGGCCCAGAGGUUUCCUUUUACCUCCCCUCAGAGGCCGCAGGGCACAGCGCCCCAGGGACCAAAGUGGAUCUGGCGAGCGCUGCGGAAAGCGUUUGGCAAGCCGCUCAUCCUCAGCAUCACAUUCCGCUUCCUGGCCGACCUGCUGGGCUUCGCCGGUCCUCUCUGCAUCUCCGGCAUCGUCCACCACAUCAGCAAGGACAACCGCACCAUCCAGCCACCGAUGAAAUUGCUGGGGAUCUAUUUCAUUUCCUCCAAAGAGUUCCUGGAGAAUGCGUAUGUGCUGGCGGUGCUGCUGUUCUUCGCCCUGCUCCUGCAGAGAACUUUCCUCCAGGCCUCCUAUUAUGUUGCCAUUGAGACGGGCAUCAACCUGCGCGGGGCCAUACAGACAAAGAUCUACAACAAGAUCAUGCGUCUGUGCACCUCCAACAUGUCGAUGGGUGAACUAACGGUUGCUCAGAUCUGCAAUCUGGUUGCCAUAGAUACCAACCAACUCAUGUGGUUCUUCUUCCUCUGUCCCAACCUGUGGGCCAUGCCAGUGCAGAUCAUCGUGGGAGUGAUCCUGCUCUACUAUCUGUUGGGAAUCAGUGCCUUGAUUGGGGCCACAGUCAUCGCUGUUUUAGCCCCUGUUCAGUACUUUGUGGCCACAAAACUGUCCCAAGCACAAAAGAGCACACUGGAAUACUCCAGUGAGCGUCUAAAGAAAACAAACGAGUUACUGCGGGGCAUCAAGCUGCUGAAACUCUACGCCUGGGAAAACAUUUUCUGUGACAGUGUGGAAGAGACGCGGGUCAAGGAGCUCACCAGCCUGCAGGCCUUCGCUCUCUACACCUCCAUCUCUAUUUUCAUGAAUGCAGCCAUUCCCAUCGCGGCUGUGUUGACGACUUUUGUGGUCCAUGUGCACAUCUCCGAGGACGCCGACCUGUCCCCCGCCGUGGCCUUUGCCUCUUUGUCCCUCUUUCACAUCCUGGUCACGCCGCUCUUCCUGCUCUCCAGUGUGGUGCGCUCCACCGUCAAGGCUCUGGUCAGCGUUCAGAAGCUUAGCGAAUUUUUCUCCAGCGAUGAGAUUGGAGAUGAGCAGGAGCCCAGAGCCACCAUACGCUCAGGUUCCAGCAAUCACAACCAAAACAAGUACCAGGCUGUGUCGUCCUCUAAGCCUUUCCCUCCCCUCUCCCUCUCUUCCCGACGCCCGCAGCCCCUCAAGGUGGUAAACAGGAAGCGCCCCCCGAGGGACGACUGGAACAACUACAGCUCUCAGGGGGAGCACGAGGGAGAUGGACCCCCUCAGGAUCUGGACCAUGACAUUUGUAUCAAGAUAACCUGCGGCUAUUUCACCUGGACCGAUGGACCGCCGACGCUGUCCAACGUGGACAUCAAGAUUCCUUUUGGUCAGCUGACCAUGAUUGUGGGCCAGGUGGGUUGUGGGAAGUCAUCUCUGCUGCUGGCGGCGCUGGGAGAGAUGCAGAGAGUGUCAGGGACGGUCACCUGGAACAGCCCGCCAAACCUGCAGUCUGAGGGAGAUGAAAGUCCAACAGACAGGGAUGCAGCCGGAGAUGGAGACACCAGGAAGAGAGACUCUGUGGCCUACGCCUCCCAGAAACCCUGGUUGUUGAACGCCACCCUGGUGGAGAACAUCACCUUUGAGAUGCCCAUGAUCAAACCCAGGUACAAAGCAGUGAUUGAGGCCUGCUCCCUUCAGCCUGACAUCGACAUCCUCCCACAGGGGGACCAAACAGAGAUCGGAGAGAGGGGCAUUAUCCUCUCAGGUGGGCAGAAACAGCGCAUCACUGUGGCUAGAGCCCUGUACCAGCAGACCAAUGUGGUCUUUCUGGAUGACCCGUUCUCUGCCUUGGACAUCCAUCUGAGUGACCAUCUGAUGCAGGACGGCAUCCUGAAGCUCCUGAGGGAGGAGAAGAGGACGGUAGUGUUGGUCACACACAAGUUACAGUACCUGCCGCAUGCAGACUGGAUCAUUGCAAUGAAAGAUGGGACCAUCCAGACUGAAGGGACCCUGAAGGACAUCCAGAACUCGGAGCCCGAGCUUUUUGAGCAGUGGAAAACUCUGAUGCACAGGCAGGACCAGGAGUUUGAGAAGGAGACGGUGGCAGAGAGCAUGACCGAUCUGGAGAGGAAGAACCUGCGGAGGGCGAUGUACUCCAGAGAGGCAGUCCGGACGGAGGAAGAUGAGGAAGAGGAGUCCGUGGAGAGCGAGGAGGACGACAACCUGUCCCAGGUGAUGCGGCAGCGUGCCACCAUCCCCUGGCGCUCCUGUGGCACCUACCUGUCCUCGGCCGGGCUCCUCCUGCUCACCUUGCUCCUCCUGUCGCAGCUCUUCAAGCACUCCCUCAUGGUUGCCAUUGACUACUGGCUGGCCCACUGGACGUCCCGUGUCAUCGCCGCCAAGAUGGACGCCACGGCGCAGAACUGCACCAUCGUUCAGGACUGUGGCUUCAGUCACUCGUGGUACCUGACGGUGUUCAGCGUGCUCUGCUGCCUGGGCAUCAUGCUGUGUCUGGCCACCUCUGUGGCUGUGGAGUGGACCGGCCUCCGCGUGGCCAAGGAGCUGCACCAGAGCCUCCUGCACAAGAUCAUCCUGGCCCCCAUGAGGCUGUUUGAGACGACACCGCUGGGCAGCAUCCUCAACAGGUUCUCCACGGACACAAACACCAUCGACCAGCACAUCCCCACCACGCUGGAGUGCCUGACCCGCUCCACCCUGCUGUGUGUGUGCGCCCUGGGCGUCAUCUCCUACGUCACACCCGUCUUCCUCAUUGCCCUCCUGCCUCUGGCCGUCGCCUGCUACUUCAUCCAGAAGUACUUCCGGGUCGCCUCCAGGGACCUGCAGCAGCUGGAGGACAGCACCCAGCUCCCUCUACUCUCCCAUUUCUCCGAGACAGUGGAAGGCCUCACCACCAUCAGGGCCUUCAGGUACGAGCCCAGGUUCAGACAGAGGCUACUGGAGUACACCGACGCCAACAACAUCGCCUCUCUCUUCCUCACGGCAGCCAACCGCUGGCUCGAGGUCCGCAUGGAGUACAUAGGAGCCUGUGUGGUGCUGGUAGCAGCUGUAGCCUCCAUCACCAACUCCCUUUACAACCAGCUGUCUCCCGGUCUGGUGGGGCUGGGCCUGACUUACGCACUCAUGGUGUCCAACUAUAUGAACUGGAUGGUCCGUAACCUGGCAGAUAUGGAGGUGCAGCUCGGCUCUGUCAAGAGGAUUAACGGCCUUCUGAAAACUGAACCGGAGAACUACGAGGGACUGCUCACAGCGUCUCAGGUCCCUGACGGCUGGCCCCAGCAGGGAGAGAUCAAAAUCCAGAACCUGAGUGUCCGUUACGACGCCACGCUGAAGCCUGUGCUCAAAAAUGUCAACGCCCACAUCAGCCCGGGACAGAAGGUGGGGAUCUGUGGCAGGACAGGCAGCGGCAAAUCCUCUUUCUCUUUGGCCUUCUUCCGCAUGGUGGACAUGUUUGAGGGGAGGAUUGUGAUCGACAACAUCGACAUCGCCAAGCUGCCUCUGCAGACUCUCAGGUCUCGCUUCGCCAUCAUCCUCCAAGACCCGAUCCUGUUCAGUGGAACCAUCCGUUUCAACCUGGACCCAGAGAUGAAGGCUACAGAUGCGAUGCUGUGGGAAGCUCUGGAGAUUGCGCAGCUGAAGCCUGUUGUUAAAUCCCUUCCAGGAGGCCUGGAUGCCAUGGUGACAGAGGGGGGAGAAAACUUCAGUCAAGGCCAGAGGCAGCUGUUCUGUCUGGCAAGAGCCUUUGUCAGGAAGAGCAGCAUCCUCAUCAUGGAUGAAGCCACCGCAUCUAUAGACAUGGCAACGGAGAGCAUCCUUCAGAAAGUGGUCAUGACUGCUUUCGCUGACAGAACAGUCGUCACUAUAGCACAUCGCGUCCACACCAUCCUGAAUGCCGACCUGGUGAUUGUGAUGAAGCGGGGGGUCAUCCUGGAGUACGACCGGCCCCAGGCCCUGCUGGAGAGGGACGACAGCGUCUUCGCCUCCUUUGUACGAGCCGACAAGUAGCAGAGGAGGAGGAGGAAGAGGAAGAGGGGAAGCAGAAAAGGAAGACAUUCAAAGUGCAAUUGUAC